AUGGAAUACCGCCGCAAGAACGAUGAGCCUGGCUCCCCCCUACAACGCUUCGGUCGUUGGCUACGCCUCAAGCAAUACCAAGUCGAGGUCACCUUCGCAGUAUACAUGUUCACGCCCACCGAGAAGUUCGUCUUCUGGUCGGUCGUCUUCCUGCUCUUCUCCAUGACCACCAUCGCCUCCGCUCUCUACCUCCCCCAACACAUCUCCUUCCUUAUCGACCGCGCCUGGUUCUAUGUCAAUGGCGGAGAGGCAAGCAGCGGUGCUGCCUCCCUUGCCAACGUCAACGUGAACAAGGAAGCCCUCUCGCUUUCCGUUACCUCCGUAGGCGUUGCAGCUACCCAAGUCGCAGCCUCUACCGUUCGAGAGCUAUGA